AUGGCUAAUUAUUGGUGGGAGGAGGUAGAAGGAAAGGCAAAGGUGCAUUGGAUUGGAUGGAAGAAGAUGACAAAGGAUAAAGAGGCUGUGGGAUUGGGAUUCAAAGACCUGCAAAUGUUCAAUAAAGCCUUGUUGGCAAAACAAGUUUGGAAGCUGAUUACUCAACCAAACUUGCUUGUUAGUAAGGUUUUGAAGGAGAAAUACUAUCCCAAGCAGUCUCUUGUCAAUUGUAAGGUCCCCAAUAAUGCCUCCUGGAUCUGGAAAAAUAUUUCAACUGUAAGAAUGGAUGUGCUAGAAGGAAUAAGGAGAAGGAUUGGCAAUGGCAGAGGAACAAGAAUCUGGGAAGACAAGUGGAUCCCAAACAGGUCAGAUGGAAAACCAACAACUGAUAAGCCACAUGAAUGCCAACUGAAACAGGUCUCAGAAUUGAUCACCAACAGCAGGUGGAAUAUAGUUCUCAUCUUUAAGACAUUCUGCCCUUAA